UUCCGUUAACCAGCGACUUCUUAGUUUAAGCCGUUGACUUAUUAUUUUUCGACAAGAAGAAUAGCUUCUGGUUCUGUAGUAUAGUACACCAGGUGCCGUGCUGUCUAACCACGGACAUAUCACGAAUGUGUUUUCGAUCAUAGUUACCGUAAUCCUACAGUAUCUUCGCACAAGUCCACCAUUUCUUUCACUUCAGGUAUUGGAGUGCCACGGUUUUAUCUGCACAAACAAUAAAGCAGCAAAUGCACUGGUUCGCUGCUGUUUCCAUGCAUAUGCAGAUUCGAUCUACCUCAAAAUGGACGAGAAAGUGCCUGGAUUGAAAGCUAUAAAGGAAGGCUCUACUGGCGAACGAUCGCCGGCUAGUCCACAAAGUGAGGAAAAUAACUCACUUGAGGGAGAAGAUCAGAUUGACAGAGCACCUAAAGGCUGGGAACGACGUCAACAAGAUGGCGAAUAUGACAGCGUAAGCAUCAGCAGCAGCCUGGUCAGAGGGGGCAAGCGAGCCGCAAGUGAGACGGGGCUAAGGGACCACCAAUCCUAUUACGAUGCACUGCCGAUGAUGUACUGA